GUUAAUUUUUAUGUUUCUUUAUAGAAUUUUAGUGUUUAUUCAGGCGUAAAGUUCUAGUCUUCUUCUCUUUUGGGAUCUGUGGCCCAAGCUCAGGUCUUACUGUAACCGCUGGAUUGAGAUUUAGGGUUUUGGGAUCUUUUUGCCUUUUUUCAAUCGAUAAAGCUGGCUUUUGUGUUUUUUUUCCUUUGGGAUAUUCGGGGGAUCUGUUGAUCAGCUGGUGAUCGAACUCUGAUGAGACGCCGUCCUGUGGCGUUGGAUCCUUUCGAAGCAAUGGAGAAAGGUUCCCAUAAAAAUCAACAAACCCGACUCUGUUUCUUAGCUUCUUUAUCAGCUUUCUUCUGGAUUUUGCUUUUGUAUUUCCAUUUUGUAGUUCUAGGAGGGAGCACCACAGUCCAGGACUUAGUUCCAUCACCACCGAUCAAAGUAGACUUAGUUCCAUCACCGCCAAUCAAAUUAGACUUAGAUCCAUCACCGCCAAUCAAAUUAAAUUCUCCCCUCACUAAUUUCCAAUCCAUCCCUGCUCGGGUGACCUAUGCCCGUAAAGAAAAGGAGAAACCACCAGUGGUGAAACCCGUUAAGAAUACGGCUAGUGAAAGGGUGGUGGAUUACCCUUUUAUGAGAGCUUUAAGAACGGUGGAUAACAAGAGUGAUCCGUGCGGGGGGAGGUACAUUUAUGUGCAUAAACUUCCUCCGAGGUUCAACGAGGAUAUGCUUAAGGAGUGUAAGAGUUUGAGUCUUUGGACUAAUAUGUGUAAGUUUACUAGCAAUGAAGGGCUUGGCCCACCACUUGAGAAUGUGGAAGGGGUGUUUGAGAAUACCGGGUGGUACGCCACGAAUCAGUUUGCUGUGGAUGUGAUAUUCAAUAAUCGAAUGAAGCAAUAUGAGUGCUUGACCAAUGAUUCAUCCAUUGCAGCCGCAAUAUUCGUGCCCUUUUAUGCAGGGUUCGAUAUUGCAAGGUAUCUUUGGGGAUAUAAUAUCUCGAGGCGUGAUGCUGCAUCCCUCGAUUUGGUUGAUUGGCUGAUGAAGAGGCCUGAGUGGGGUAUAAUGGGAGGGAAAGAUCAUUUCCUGGUGGCUGGUAGGAUUACAUGGGAUUUCAGGAGAUUGAGUGAGGAGGAAUCAGAUUGGGGUAAUAAGCUUCUGUUUUUACCUGCUGCGAGGAAUAUGUCAAUGCUGGUGGUUGAAUCAAGCCCCUGGAAUGCAAAUGAUUUUGGCAUUCCUUAUCCAACAUACUUUCACCCUGCCAAGGAUGAGGAAGUCUUUGUAUGGCAAGAUCGGAUGCGAAAAUUGGAGAGAAAGUGGCUCUUCUCUUUUGCAGGUGCACCUCGCCCCGGAAACCCAAAGUCAAUAAGAGGGCAGAUUAUUGACCAGUGCAGGAAGUCGAAUGUCUGCAAGUUGUUGGAAUGUGAUUUUGGGGAGAGCAAGUGUCAUUCACCGAGCAGUAUAAUGCAGAUGUUCCAGAGCUCUCUGUUCUGCUUACAACCUCAAGGAGAUUCAUACACUCGUCGAUCUGCUUUUGACUCAAUGUUGGCUGGUUGUAUUCCUGUCUUCUUCCAUCCCGGCUCGGCAUACACACAGUACACUUGGCACCUUCCGAAAAAUUAUACAACAUAUUCAGUGUUCUUCCCAGAGGAUGAUAUUCGUAAACGGAAUGUUAGCAUUGAGGAGAGGCUUAGUCAAAUCUCUCCUGAGCAAGUAAAGAUCAUGAGAGAGGCAGUCAUAAAUCUCAUCCCAAGUUUGAUAUAUGCAGAUCCUCGCUCUAAAUUGGAGACUCUUCGAGAUGCUUUUGAUGUUGCUGUGCAGGCAGUGAUCAAUAAAGUUACAAAGUUGAGGAAGAACAUUAUCCAAGGCCGGACCGAAUAUGAUAACUUUGUGGAGGAAAACAGUUGGAAGUAUGACUUAUUAGAUGAAGGACAGCGCGAGGUUGGAGCUCAUGAGUGGGAUCCUUUCUUCUCAAAACCGAAGGAUGAGCAGCAGAGAGAUCAAUCUGCUGUAGCUGGCAAAAAUUCUUGGAAGAACGAGCAGAGAGAUCAAUCAUAAAUCUAAGUUGAUGAAGCAGGAAUUGAAUCAGACUCCCAGUGGGUUCCUUGUAAGUGCCGUGUGCAUCAACUAUAGAUAUUGCCCACCAGGCAUAUGGAGAACUUAGUCUUGUUUCAAACCAAAAUAUAUAUGCAUAAUUUCUGCACUCUUAUACAGUUUUCUGUUUUUGAGCUACCAAUUUUGUUAUUGAUUGUUUCUAUUGUAUUUGUAGCUGAGAUUGUCUGUUUAAUGUUCCUGUCUUAUACAAUAAAUAAUAGCUAAUGAUAUCAGGAUUUUGCUUGAGGAUC